UGGCACUGUUGCCUUUACCUCAGCGGGGUCGUGAAAUCAACUUCAAAGGUGCACCUGCCUUCCCUGACCGUCACAUCUCAAGAACCCAAACGGGCAUAUGUAUUAGACUGUCAUGGUUAUGGGAACCUUCGAUUGGUUGUGAACAGGCAUGAUGACCUGUGACUGAAUCAACCAGGCUGCCCGCCCAGCCACGCGACGCCGAAGAUGCCAUGACCGACGCGACGAAGCCCGAGCUCUACCCGCAAUACUGUUUCCACCUGUCGCCGACCAUCAACCGUUGGUGCCAUUUCCGGAUCGCCGACAUCUGGAGAUUGAGAUGCCAUCCUGGCUUCCAAGGCCAGGAUGUCUACUUCCACCUCAAUCACCCGAUAAAAUGGAUCCGCAUUUCCGGUGUUGUAGUUGCAAUCACCGAGCGUGAGAAGAAGCACUUCUACACGAUUGAUGAUGGCAGCGGGGCAACAUUAGAGUGCGUCGUCAAUGUGCCCGGAACGGCUGCCGUUGAAGCAGCCCCCAAUGGCAAACAAAAUCCAAAUCCGAAUCCGAAUCCUCUCCCGGUAAUUGACGCUCCCAUCGAUGUGGGACACGUGCUGGAUAUCAAGGGCAGCGUCGGCACCUUCCGCAAGGACAAGCAGAUUCGUGCCGAAAAAAUUGUGCAUCUUCGCACGACAGAACAGGAGGUCGCGUUCUGGGAGAAGGUUGCGCAGCUCAAGAGAGAUGUGCUGUCCAAACCAUGGGUUCUAGACCCGAGAGAGGUGAGGAGAUGCCGAAAAGAGGAGGAGGGGAGGCACACCAGCCGCCGGCAGAAGGACUGCGCGAGUGAGAGACAUGGGAAGAGGCCGGUUCGUGGGGCAGGAGUGCGGAACACAAAGUUGCACAAUGAGGAGAGCAAGCCGCACCACGAGAAGGGCGAAAGGAAGGCCAGGGACUACAGGGAGCCCUUAGCAAGGCGGCCGGUCAGACAGACGGGGCUUGAGAAAAGGAGGGCGGCCAAGCCUGUCACGAGGCUGAUUCCGGUGACGGGCAAGUACGACGCCCUGGGAUUGUGACUCCGAGACGAACUCGCAGUCCUCAGCAUCAUUCCGCAGCACACAACAUAUUGAAGACAACUCACGCGAUGCGUGUUUCAUCCUUGGCAGCAAUGUCUUUCCACCGGGCUGGGUCCACUGUCUGAGAUCCCACCACCUCGAUCAUU